UUAUUAAUAGUAAUAUUAUAAUUAUAAUAAUAAUAAUUCCUAAUACUUUUUAUUUAUAAAUAGCAAACAUUUCCAUGUGAAAAGCUACUAUCUCUCUCUUUCAUUCAUUCAUCGAAAUUCAACUCUUUCUUCUUUCAACCAUUUUUUCUUCUUCUUUCAUUUCUUCGAUCUUUUUCUUCUUCAAUCAAAAAUGGCCGCAAAGAACGUUGGAAUUCUCGCUCUCGACAUCUAUUUCCCUCCCAACUGCGUUCAACAGGAAGCAUUGGAGGUUCAUGAUGGUGCGAGCAAAGGGAAAUAUACCAUUGGACUUGGACAAGAUUGUAUGUCGUUUUGUUCCGAUGUUGAAGAUGUUAUCUCAAUGAGUUUGACGGUGGUUUCUACCCUUCUUGAGAAGUAUGAGAUCGAUCCUAAACAAAUUGGUCGUCUGGAAGUAGGCAGUGAGACUGUGAUAGACAAAAGCAAAUCCAUCAAGUCAUUCUUGAUGCAGAUCUUUGAGAAAUAUGGAAAUACUGACAUUGAAGGUGUUGAUUCAACUAAUGCAUGCUAUGGAGGAACUGCCGCUUUGUUCAAUUGUGUCAAUUGGGUGGAGAGCAAUUCAUGGGAUGGACGCUAUGGACUUGUUGUCUGCACAGACAGUGCCGUCUAUGCUGAAGGUCCUGCUCGACCUACCGGAGGAGCUGCUGCUAUUGCCAUGCUAAUUGGUCCUGAUGCUCCUAUUUCUUUUGAAAGCAAAUUGAGAGGAAGUCAUAUGGCUCAUGUUUAUGAUUUUUACAAACCUGACCUUGCUAGUGAAUAUCCGGUUGUCGACGGAAAGCUUUCACAAACAUGUUACCUCAUGGCCCUUGAUACUUGCUAUAAAAAUUUCUGUCAAAAGUAUGAGAAGCACGAGGGAAAGAAAUUUUCUCUUUCUGACGUUGGUUACUUUGUAUUCCACUCUCCUUAUAACAAGCUUGUGCAAAAAAGUUUUGCUCGUUUGGUCUUCAGUGACUUCUUGAGGAAUUCCAGCUCUUCUACUGAUGAGGUUGCCAAAGAAAAGCUGGGACCUUUUGCAGCUUUAUCUGAUGAGGACAGCUACCAAAGCCGGGAUCUUGAAAAGGCAUCCCAACAAGUUGCCAAGCCUCUAUUUGAUGAGAAGGUACAACCAACUACUUUGAUACCAAAGCAAGUCGGCAACAUGUACACCGCGUCCCUCUAUGCAGCAUUUGCAUCCCUUAUUCACGACAAAAAUAGCUCACUGGAAGGUAAGAGGGUGAUAUUGUUCUCAUAUGGAAGUGGCCUAACUUCCACAAUGUUUUCCUUGCAAUUACGUGAAGCUAAACAUCCAUUUAGCUUGUCAAACAUUGCCCGAGUGAUGGAUGUUGCUGAAAAGUUGAAGUCAAGACAAGAGUUCCCUCCAGAGAAGUUUAUUGAAACACUGAAGCUAAUGGAGCAUAGGUAUGGUGCCAAAGAUUAUGUAACAAGCAAGGACAGUAGCCUUUUAUAUCCAGGCACAUUCUAUCUCACCGAAGUUGAUACCAAGUAUCGCAGAUUCUAUGCGACAAAAUCUAGUGAAAGCAAUUUGACAGGAAACGGAGUGAGUGCCAAUGGUCACUGAUGGUUAGAGCAUGUAAGCAACAGACAAUAAAUGGAAUUAAGCUUUGGAUAGGAUGAAGAUUAGUCUUGUUUGCAUUAGUUUUUGUAAGGGAAAGCAAAUGUUUUCUGCAGUUGCAAUCGUUGUCAGUUCAAAUAUUGUAUUUUACUCUUUAAAAUGUUACUUUGAAUUCAAAAUUUUAUAUUUUUAGGUUAUUUGUUGCAUUUUAAUGACUCAAAAUUCAAAGAGUUGUAUGCUCAUGAUAGUUAGCCUAGGUUAUUUGUUGCAUUGUAAUGACUCAAAAUUCAGAGAAUAUAUAUGCUCAUGAUAGUUAGCCUCUAGAA